AUGGCCAGUGGAGGAGGUGGAGGUAGAUAUGGUGGCGGUGGUGGAAGAGGUAGUGGAGGCGCCGGUGGAUAUGGCGGUAGCAGCGGAGGUGGUGGAUUCGAAGGCGGUGGAUUUGGAGGUAGUGGAGGUGGAAGCCGUGGAGGCGCCGGAUUCGGAGGUGGUGGAUUUGGCGGAGGUAGCGGCGGUGGCGGCGGUGGUGGAUAUGGCGGAGGCAGUGGAGGCGGAGGCGGUGGCAGUGAUUCAGUUCCAGGCUUCCCUUACGCCACUGGGCGGAACGGGGAAAUCGGUGUUUAUGGAAACACGUUUGUGUGCCUUGCAAGAAGAAUGCAGAUUGCUCGAAGAGAUGGUAGUGGAACGUCCGCUGGUAAUAGUGUGGAAGUCUUGUCAUCGAUCGUCAUUUUUGAGUCUGUUAGCUUUGACAAUUUGUGGCUAUGGGUGAUGUACAUGGAUGGCCAUGGCGGUGGAGGUGGUGGAGGUAGAUAUGGUGGCGUUGGUGGAGGAGGUAGUGGAGGCGGAUGA